AUGUCUAGUGCCGGUAUGUCUAUCUAUGCCCUGGCUGUGUCCACACCAUCAUUCCUUUCCGUUCCCCGCAACCUUACCUACCCACGCAAACCAACACAACGACAACAACACCCCCUCAAAAUCGAGCCAAAAAGCCGAAUUGAACAAAUGCUAACAACAAACCCCAUUCAAACAGUCCAAAACUUCCGACCCGUGGUAAUCUCCGGCCCCAGCGGCACCGGAAAAUCCACCCUAUUGAAACGCCUCUUCGCCGAAUACCCCGAUAAAUUCGGCUUCAGCGUCUCACACACAACCCGCUCCCCGCGCACUGGCGAAAUCGACGGAAGAGACUACAACUUCGUAACACGCGAAUCCUUCCAAUCCCUCAUCACCGCAAACGGCUUCAUCGAACACGCCCAAUUCGGCAGCAACCUGUACGGCACAAGCGUAGCCGCAAUCAAGAGCGUCGCAGAACAAGAACGAAUUUGUAUCCUGGACAUUGAAAUGGAAGGCGUGAAGCAGGUUAAAGGUCGGGAAGAUCUGAAUGCGCGAUUCGUAUUUCUCGCACCGCCUUCUAUGGAGGAACUUGAGCGACGGCUUCGGGGGAGAAAUACGGAGACGGAGGAUAGUUUGCAGCAACGGUUGGCGCAGGCUAGGAAUGAGUUGGCUUUUUCUCAGACUCCGGGCGCGCAUGAUAAGAUUGUUGUAAAUGAUGAUCUUGAGCAGGCUUAUGGGGAGUUGAAGGAGUUUAUUGUUGAUGGGGGGGAGAGUCGAUGGUGGAAUUAA